AUGGUGUUCUUGACAAUGAAUGCCAUUUACACUGUAUAUAAUAUUCAUCCAUGUUUUCAGUUAGAUAAUUUUACUACUUUGUUGUUCCCUCCUGAGUCGUCCACUCUAUGUGCGCUGAUAUAUCUUGGACUGUUGUCAGCGGUAACAGUUUGUGGAAACCUUCUUGUUAUAAUCUCCAUUGUUUAUUUCAAGCAGCUGCACAUUCCCACAAACUACCUGAUCCUGUCUCUGGCUGUGGCAGACCUGCUGGUGGGAGUCAUAGUUUUUCCCUUUAGCAUGGCUCAGACUCUGACCUCCUGUCUCUAUCACGAAAAUGUCUUUUUCAAAAUACGAGAUUGUUUUGAUGCAAGCCUUUGUACUUCUUCUAUUCUAAACUUGUGCUGUAUUUCCAUUGACAGAUAUUAUGCCAUAUGUAAACCUCUCACAUAUAAGAACAUAGUUACAGGACGUGUGGCUGGGGUCAUGAUCUUUAUGACUUGGAGUCUAGCAGCUGUGAUUGGUAUUGGUAUUGUCAUUGGUGGAUACAGCCAAGGAACAUGUGAAGAAAUAUGCUCUGUGAAUGUUAUUCUGUCUAAUGUCUCAGGUCCUGUCUUUUCCUUUUUUAUGCCUGCUGUCAUAAUGUUGUGCAUUUACACUAAGAUCUUCAUUGUGGCUCAGAAACAGAGAAACAGCAUUCAGAUUUCUAAAUGUGGUACGAUAAGUAAGACGGAGAGGAAGGCCACUAAAACCCUGGCCAUAGUGAUGGGAGUCUUCCUCUUAUGUAUGACUCCAUACUUUCUGUGCAUUGUCUUUCUGCCUUUAGCCAGUGAAACUCCACCAUUCCCUCUGAUUGAAGCACUCAACUGGCUCACACUGUCCAACUCAAUGCUCAAUCCUUUCAUUUACGCCUUCUUCUACAGCUGGUUCAGAUCUUCCUGCAAAAUGAUAUUAAGCGGACAAAUAUUCUCAGGCAACUUUGCCAGCAUUAAACUAGUGUGA